AUGGUAGUCCAUGCCCGUCGUAAGAGGCGACCAAAAUGGACAUAUGGAAGGCAACGGAAAACCACCAUAUUAAUAUCCCAAGUAACAGCAAUCAACAUGACAGCUUCUCAAGUAAAAUAUUCCGGAGGUAAAAUAGUCCCCCAUUCGGAUCUCCGGGUGGGGACUACGAGAGGAGAAAGAAAUGUUAAAGAAUAUAAGGAAUACAAAUUCAUAGCAACUUGGAACGUAAGAACGUUAUUACAGUGUGGAAAGUUGGAAAACCUGAAAAUGGAAAUGAACAAGAUGAAAAUUGAUAUCCUUGGAAUAUCAGAAAUAAGAUGGCCGAACCCAGGAGACUUCUGGAGCGGAGACUACAGAAUAAUACAUACGGGAACAGCAGAGAAGAGACCAGGUAUAGGAGGAGUAGGGCUGAUAGUGAAUAAAACCCUAGGCGAAAAAGUUAAAGGCUACAUACAAUACAAUGAGAGAAUCAUACUAGUCAGAUUUCAGACGAAACCAAAGGAUACAAUAGUAGCUCAGGUGUAUAUGCCAACAACAAAUAGUAGCGAGGAAGAGUUAGAAGAAGUAUAUGAAAAUUUAGACAAAUUAAUAGAAAGUGUCAAGGGGGAGGAAAAUCUGAUAGUAAUGGGUGACUGGAAUGCCAUUGUUGGGGAAGAAAAAGUAAGAAAUAUAACAGGUGACUAUGGUUUAGGAAACCGGAACGAUAGAGGGGAUCGAUUACUAGAAUUCUGUGCAAAACACAAAUUAAUAAUCACAAACACUUGUUUUAACCAUCAUAAGAGAAGGAGAUACACCUGGAAAAUGCCUGGAGACAUUAAUAGGUACCAAAUUGAUUACAUCAUGGUAAAAAAUAGAUUUAGGAAUCAAGUAAAAGAAAGCAGAAGUUACCCAGGUGCGGACAUAAAUAACGACCACAAUCUUGUUAUGAUGAAGUGUAAUCUCAAAUUCAAAAAAAUAACGUGUAAGAAGAAAUUGGUACAAUGGCAAGUUAAAAACCUAAAAGAUGAAAAAUCAAGGAAACAAUACAGUGAAUGCACAAAUGAGGUGACUAUAGAAGAUCCCCUGGAACCACAAAACAUCGAAGAAAGAUGGCAGAACUUGAAACAGACAAUCACAAAAAUAGCAGUAAAAACUCUAGGGCAUAAAAACAUUGCAGCAAGAAAAGACUGGAUUACAGCCGAAAUUGUGAACUUGAUAGAAGAAAGAAGAAAGUAUAAAAAUUUGAACAGUACCGAAGGACAGGAAAGAUAUAGAGCAUUGAGGAAUCUAGUUAUUAGGAAAUUGAAAGAAGCAAAAGAAAAAAAACCUGGAAGAAAAUUGUAG